GCAAUAAAAAAGAAGAACAACCAAUAACCUAACAUUUAGAAGAGAUUACUACCAACGAGGUUAACUCAUUGGGUUAACUUCGUUUACACAUGGAAAUAUAGGUUAAAACAUGGACAGUAAACGAAAACAACAAACCAAAAGAAAAAACAUUGAAACAGAAGUUCAAACAGAAUCGAGUGAUGAGGAAUUUUUAAAUAUUAUUAAUGGCGAAGAUGAUAGUACAGAUGAAGACAUUGAAACUGAAGAUGAAUUAAAUAUUGAUUCAGAAAAUUUUAAUAAUACUGGUGAGAGUGAUGAACAGUCAGAGGAUGAGGAUGAUGAACAAGAAUCAGAAGAUGAAGGUAGUGAAGAACAGUCAAUAAAUGACGAUAGUGAAGAACUAUCAGUAAAUGAUGACAGUGAUGAUCAGUCAACUGAAGAUGAUAGUGAUGAACAGUCAGUUGCAGAUGAAAAUGAAGAACAAUCAAUUGGUGACGAGAGUGUUAGUGAUUAUAAUAAAUCACUGGAAGAUGAAAAAAUUAAAGAAAAUUUAACUACUGAUACAUCCAAAAUAAACAAUAAAAUGAAAACUAACAAUGCAGAGAAUAAUACAUUUCAAAAUAAACAGAAGAAAAUUACUAAACAGCGGCCCAAAUCAAAUUUAAAAAAUAAAAAUGAUUAUUUGAAGAUCAAAAGUAAUGAUGAGUAUGAUGACCAUGAUACAUCAGAUGAGGAAGAUAUCAGAAAUACUGUUGGAAAUAUUCCAAUGAAUUGGUAUGAUGAAUAUAAACAUUUGGGAUAUGACUGGGAUGGUAAUCAGAUAUUAAAACCGGAAACAGGAGAUCAAUUAGAUGAAUUUUUGAAAAAAAUGGAGGAUCCAGAUUUUUGGAGGACUGUAAAAGAUCCCCAGACAGGUCAGGAUGUGGUAUUAAGUGAAGAAGAUAUUAACUUAAUCAAAAGGAUAAAAGCACAGAAAAUACCCGAUGUCACAUUUGAUGAGUAUGCACCAUGGAUAGAGUGGUUCACUAGUGAGGUUGAACAAAUGCCCAUUAGAAAAUUUCCAGAACAUAAGAGAUCAUUUUUACCAAGCAAACAUGAAGCCAGACAAGUCUCAAAAUUAGUACAUGCUCUAAAGAUGGGUUGGAUUAAAACAAGAGCGGAACAAGAAAAGCUCAGAGCUAAAAAGGAACCACAAUUCUAUAUGUUAUGGCAAACUGAUGAUCAAGCGGAAGAAAUGAGAAGAAUUUAUAAACAUAUUUCAGCUCCAAAACGAUUAUUGCCGGGUCAUGCUGAGAGUUAUAAUCCUCCACCAGAAUAUCUUUUUGAUGAAAAAGAACUGAAACAAUGGAACAAACUAAAAAAUGCCCCAUGGAAACGGAAAUCUCAUUUUGUGCCUCAAAAAUAUGAUUGUUUAAGGAAAGUGCCAGCUUAUCCUAGAUUUAUCAAAGAGAGAUUCUUGCGGUGUUUGGAUCUCUAUUUGUGCCCAAGAGCUAUAAAAAUGAAAUUGACUAUUGAACCAGAAUCACUUGUCCCUAAGUUACCCAGUCCGAAGGAUUUGCAACCGUUCCCUAAUAUUUUGGCAUUAGAAUAUAAGGGUCACACUGAUAUGGUGAGGACAAUAAGCUUGGAAAAGACUGGACAAUACUUAGUGAGUGGUUCAGAUGAUUAUACUGUUAAAAUAUGGGAAGUAAACACUGGCAGAUGUUUAAAAACGAUUAAGACCGAUAAUGUCAUACGAUCAGUGGAGUGGUGUCCAAACUCUGCAUUAGCACUUAUCUUAAUUGCUAGUGGACAAGAAGUAAUGCUUAUAAAUCCUCAUGUUGGUGACUUUUUGAUCAAUAGUAAAACAGAUACAGUUCUUCAAGAAGUUCCACAGUCUGAUGUAGUCAUUCCAGAACGAGUGCGUACAACUAUUCAAUGGUGUGAACCAGAUGAAACUCAGUAUAAACGAGGUAUUCGCAUAAUUUUGAAACAUUAUAAAGAUGUCGCACAAGUUACGUGGCAUGGAAAAGGUGAUUACUUUGCUACAGUUAUGCCAGAUGGACAAAAUCGUUCAGUGCUUAUAUCACAAAUAUCAAAAAGAAGAUCUCAACUACCCUUCACAAAAUCAAAAGGACUAGUGCAGUGUGUUUUGUUCCACCCAAAGAAACCUUACCUUUUUGUAGCCACCCAAAGACAUGUGAGAAUUUACGAUUUGGUAAAACAAACUCUACUGAAAAAAUUACUAACGAAUUCUAAAUGGAUUUCCUGUAUGGCAAUACAUCCAUUAGGAGACAAUCUAUUAGUAGGAACAUAUGACAGGAAAAUGUUAUGGUUUGAUUUAGAUCUAAGUACAAAACCAUAUCAAACAUUACGAUUACAUGGAACAGCUGUUAGAGGAGUGGCAUUCCACAGACAUUAUCCUCUCUUUGCCUCAGGUUCAGAUGAUAGAAGCUUAAUAGUUUCUCAUGGAAUGGUUUAUAACGACCUGCUUCAGAACCCAUUAAUAGUUCCAUUAAAAAGAUUACAAGAUCAUGAAUCUUUCAAUGACUUUGGGAUAUUCGGCAUACAAUUCCAUCCGCUGCAACCGUGGGUAUUUUCUUGCGGAGCAGAUAGUACAAUUAAAUUAUAUUCUAAUUGAUAGAACAUUUAUUAUAUGGAACAAAAUAUAUGUUUUCAAGCACU